CCUUCGUUUCGCGAACACGUCGUGUGAUGACAACGUGACGGAUUCGAUUUGUUCCUUUCGCGAUUUGACAUCUGAUGGUAUAAAUCCCUAAAUUUCAUUCCGAUACCCUAUGUGAGAUAUCGAAUUUGGACAAAUAAAAAUAAAUUUUUUGUUAGUGUUGUCAAUUUUUUGAAAUAUAACCCCUGUGGUUUUUCAAAUUAAUCGGAGGGAAAAAUAAACACACGAACCUUGCGGCCCUUGACUAUCAGGUUCGUCGAACUGACGAUCAGUCAGUUUGUAUUCAAAUUUAGAAAAGUGUACUUGCGGAAAAUCGAAGUUAUUUUCGAUUGCGCUUUUAACUUAGUGAUUUUUCGGAUUGCUCGCAGCUAGUGUGUGAUCUUGGUGUUUUGUGAGGAAACAUAUAUAAAAAGUUGUCAAGCGACACAAAAGGAAACACAAUGUGGUUUACAGUGCCGACAAUGUGCCUGCCGGCUGUUUUUCUACUCGCGUGCCUGGCUGUUGGAGGAGAAGGAAGCGAUGGCAUCAAGAGAAGAAUCGAAGAUGAUCCUGAUUUGUCACAGUUUCUGUCUCUUUUGGAAUCGAGUCCUGUCGCACUUAGUGUGUUGAAUGUCAGAAGAGUCACCGUGUUUGCGUCGACAAAUCGCGCUUACCAAAUGUACAAUGGAAACACUGAAUCCUCGUUGAUUCCUUAUCAUAUCGCUACUUCCUCUUUUAGAACGGAUCGCUUAGAUCACGCUAUGCCCAUAAACUCGGAACUUGAUGGAAAUCCGCCACUCUGGGUGACACGAAAACAAAACGGAAGACAAGAAGAAAUUUACAUUAAUAAUGCGAAAAUUCUGAUGGACCAAAGUAAUAUUGAGUUAGCGAUAAAAACUAAUGAUGGCGAAAAAAAACAGAUUUUGCACAAAAUAGAUGAAGUUUUGGAACCAGUAGUAUCAAUACACUCAGCAGAGCCUCCGGUUGUAAACCCAAACGCGUUGCAGUUCUUGAAUUACACUGAUCAACUUAACUUGGGACAGCGUCGUACGCGAAUUUUUAGACAACGAGUAUUUAAUGAGCGGAAGGAAGAUAACUUCAGAGGCGGAGAACAAUACACAUUUUUCAUCCCUGACGAUGAAGGUUUCAAGCCUUCUCCAAGGCCGGAGAAAAUCGAUGGCAAGGUGAUUGAUGGGCACGUAAUUCCUAAUCACGUACUCUUCACAAGACCUACCCCGAAUGAUACACCCUACGAGACUCUUGCUAGCAGCGACAAUAUGAAAGUUACUAUUAGCUUCUAUACGGUAGGAGAGGGUAAAAACAAAACAGUUUACGUCAAGUCUAACACCUUGAUAGGAGACGAAACCCAUCCAACUGGCGUUGUUCUCGCGGAAAUCAUAAAAGCGAACAUUCCUGUUAAAAACGGUGUGGUCCACCUCAUUCAGCGUCCGCUUAUGAUCGUUGAUACCACAAUUACAGAGUUCCUGCAGUCCUUCAAGGGCAUCGAAAAAGAAGACGGUCCACUUUACAAAUUCUACAACGCUAUUCGAAGGCAUGGAGACAGCUUUAUGAAAUCUAUCAGUAGCCAAAGGAAUAUUACCUUAUUCGCACCUAGCAAUGCAGCCUGGGAGGUUCCAGAAGUUAAGCGAAUCAUGGAGGACAGUCAGCGUGUUGCAGAAAUUCUGAAAUUGCACUUGGUUCAUGAGCCAUUGCCUUUGGAUGUCAUCAAACAAAAAAGUGGUCGACAAGUGCAAUGGUACAAAAAGGGAUCAUUACUUGGGGUCCAGACAGCUGCAGACAGAAAGAAUCUUUACUUCAACGUUGUUCAGAAUCCCUCUGGAAACGAAACAGUGACAGUAGAAGGUGGUGGCGUCAAUGCCACCAUAAUUACAGCCAACAUUGCUGCCACUAAUGGAAGGAUCCAUAUCAUCGACAGGGUGCUUGGAAUUCCUUACACUACUGUUCUCGACAAACUAAAAUCAGACCCUCAACUGAACUUGACUUUAUUACUGGGAUCAAAAAAGGGCUUUAACAAUCAGCUGAGUGACACAAAAAAACGUUUCACAUUUUUCGUGCCUACGGAUGGAGCAUGGAAGGGUACACAGGUCAAUUACCCUUCUACUUACAAAAAAAUCUUCAUGGAUGACUUCAGCUAUCAUGUCAAUCAAAUUUUGGAAAGACAUUUGGUAAUAUCUGAAAACGCCUAUACGAUGAGCGCGCUCGUUCAAAUGACCCGCAAUGGCUCAGUGCACCUACCAACUGCCAGAGACAUUCUACACAUUCGUGUUAAAGAAACAUCAAAAGGCGGGAAGAGGGAUGAAAACGCAAUUGUUCCAAUCAUUCUGAGCGGAUACCACAUUGAAUGGCAAGGACUUACCAUCAAAGUUGAACGUCCAGAUGUCUCCUGCACCAACGGAAUCAUUCACGUCAUCGACAAAGUCUUUCUCAAGGACAGCGACAUCAGAGUAACUGGUGGAUCUGCUUCUUUCGUCGCAACGUGUUUACCUCACAUUCUGGUUCUUUUGAUAGUCAAAUGGAUCUUGUAAACCCAACUCGAAAAUUCUAGGAGCAUCUACAUUUUUCUGGAGACAAGAUGGAUAGUUAUGCGAAAAAAGUUCACUUUAAGUACUACCCUUAAGAGGCAGGAACUCUACUAAGAAACCUAUUCCUCUGUCUUAGUAUAUAAGAGAGUUAAUAGAUUAGUUCAAAAAGGAAAUACUUUCAGUUCAGAUUGUAUAACUCACUCUUUUCAUCAAUUUCUAAUGUGGUUAAUCCAAUAUUUUGAUCAAUCUGCUGGAGUCAAAGGGAGAGAUCACAUUUGGUAAAUUGUCACUUUUAUAAAAGUAAUGUAAGAACUUUGUGAUGACUUUUAUGACUCUCCCUAUUUCCAGGCCUCUUUGCAUCUAAUAUAGAGUGUAUUUAAAUCUCUACCAACAGUUCUUGUGGUCUCCAGAGGUCUCCAAAGCCUAUUAUUUAUUGUCUAAUCGUCUCAAAGAAGCGCGACGAUAUUACGGGUUACAGACGUUAUUCGUACCAAAUAACUGAUAAUUAGUCGUAAAAUAAUCUAAAUAAUUGUACGGAGGAAUAAUUGUACUGGAGUACAUGACCUAAGAGAAAGAAAGUUCUAAGAAAGUCCUUUUUUUAGUCAGAAUCCAAAGUCAAGGAUAAACAUAACUCUGUAAAACUGUUAUAUAUACUUAAGUUAAAACUCUUGGUUCAAAUGAAGAUAGCCCUAUAUAUGGCUACAAAAAAUGUACGAUUUAAUAUUUGAUGGAUAAAAAGUAAGAACCAUCUUCAAUAUGAUUAUUUGCUUUUGGGUGAAGAAACUUCUUUAUUUUUUAAUGUAGACAUUAAAACUGGUAGUGAAAAUUCUUUGUUUCACGAUAGUUCAAACUCUUAUUGUACAAUAAUUGUUUCUGCAUAUUUAAUUAAAUGAUCAUGAAAUCUCAUUCGCUCUGUACUAUACAUAUUACUGUCUACUUAUCGCUAUUACUGCCACGUUAAGUCUUAAAGCGUGAGAUACUCGUUUUUGUACAAUGAUAUAAACGAUGAAAAUGAAAGGUAAAGUUUUGUUUAAACAAGAAACUAGUAACAAUUUUAGGUCGACUCUCAUAAUUAUCUUCUAUCAAUUGAAAGUGUGUGAACGUACUUGGCGGAUUUGAAUGUAGAAAGCAAUAAGGAAUUUGAUAUGAAUUCCUCAAUUUCAAACUUCAGUAUUAACAAAAGAGGGACAUUACGUUGAACGAACGUUUCAUUCCAAAAAAAGUUUGAUUUAAAAAUCUCAGUUAUCACAAUUCCCUGAAAGAAUUGCACUAAAAAGUCGAUGUUACGUGUUGAUAUCAGUCUAUACAUAUAAUAUAUAUGAAAUAUAAAGAGAUAUAUUGAAAAUUGAGAGGAACAGAAAAGUAAAGGCAUAUAAUCCGGAAAAUUAAGACGAUAGUCAGAAUAUAAGAAAGCAAGAAUGCUAUCAGAUGAUACUUGUUGUUGGAAUAAAUAUGAUAUUAUAUUAAUAUUAACUAUUGCAUAUAUACAUAAACUCUAAUUACCACUGUUUGCUCGUUAGAA